UCUUAGCGUGUGCAACUUGCCGUCACGUUCUCUCUCAGCUCUCAGCCGCAUACAGCAUCAUCGGUGUGUGUUUGGGUGAAAGUUUUUGCGGUUUGAUAACAAACUACUCCUUAACUUUCUGCGGUUUUAGCUCAUUUUUUAGCUUAAAACUUCACUUUAAAAAGUUAGUUUUUCGGUCGCUCCGCUGAAACGAAUCCUCCUCCAUGAAUUUUGUGUUUUAUCGUCCGAACUCGCACUUUUCUCCGGGUGCAAAUCCUGUUUUUCCAGCUGGAAAUGAGAUUUCAAUGAAGGAUUCGGGAGACCGAGCCUAGCCGAAUCGAGCCGAACUGACCUAGUUGAUGUAAGCGACAGUUUAGAAAGACCCACAACAGAAAUGACAAGAUGAAGCCGAUUCUGUGGAUUCUACUGUUUUUACUGCGGAUCCAUGAAGGGACCUGUGGGAAUGGCGUGUUCACCAAGCAUCCGACCAAUCAGACGCUGUCUCAGGGGAACGCGGCGCGGCUGGGCUGUGCCGUGCAGGGCCUGCCGGAGCCCGACAUCGUGUGGAUGAAGGACGGAGAGAAGCUCUACAGCACGGACCAGAUGUUCAUCACUCUGGGAGAGCAGCACUGGGAGACCUACCACAGUGUGAAGUCGGUGCAGCAGCAGGAUGCCGGUCAGUACUGGUGUGAAGUCGAGUUUAACGGCCAGACGUUCUCCUCCGAACGAGCCUGGAUCACUGUGGAAGGCGUCCCUCACUUCGUGCGCGAGCCGCAGGACGUGGCCACGCUCCCCGGCGCUCCGUUCAACCUGACGUGUGGCGCGCUGGGCCCCCCCGAGCCCGUGGAGGUGCUGUGGUACCUGGGGGGCGUCCCGCAGGGCUCGCCGCAGCCCUCCCCCUCCAUCAUCACCGUCGCAGUGAACAGCAGUGUGAAGUUUUACUGUGAAGCGAAGAACACCAGAGGAAUCUCCGUCUCUAGAACUGGAACAGUUCACAUUAAAGUGUUGCCGGGGGCACCGGUCGGCCUGCAGGUUCUCAGCAUGGUGGACAACAACGUCACGCUGUCAUGGAAACCAGGACUCACAGGACACUCAGAGCUGUCUACCUGCAUCGUCCAGCUGUGGAGGCGCUGGUUGCGGCGGCGGGACGUCCCGCAGCAGCAGGUAGAGGUGGGGGUGCCCCCCCUGGUGAUCCUGUCGGGGCUGAGGAGUCACUCCAACUACAGCGCCAGGGUGUCCUGCCUCAACGAGGUGGGGGCCUCGCCCUUCUCCCCCUGGGUGCCCUUCACCACGCCAGAGGCCGUGCCGUGGGCGGCCCCCAGGAACCUGACCUUUGACCUCUCGGAGCAUCAGCUGACGCUGCGCUGGGCGCCGCUGCACGAAGACGAGCUGCAGGGGAAGCUGCUCGCCUACAAGCUGCAAUGGCUUCUGGGAGGAGAACCUCAGGAGCCUCUGCUGUUUAAGGAGAAUGCUGCCCAGCUGUCCGGUGGGGAUCGUUUCUUCAACGCCUCCUUCCAGGUGUCGGCCUGCACCGCGGUGGGCUGCGGGCCCUGGAGCCCCCCGGUACUGGUGCUGCCGGCCGCAGUGCAGGUCCCGGUCCAGCGGAGCCACAUGUGGGUCGGCCUGCUGCUCGGCCUGCUGGUGGCCGCCGUGGUCGGCCUGCUGCUCGCCGUCACCGCUCAGCGCCGCGGGAAGGAGACGGAGUUUGGUUCUGUCUUUAAACCUGAGGGUCCAGAGAGCUCCGUCUCUUUCACGGCUGCUCGAUCCUUCAACAGAAACUGUACCGAGCUGCAGGAUUCCACAUUGGACAGUCUGGGUAUAAACGAUGAGCUGAAGAAUAAACUGCAGGAUGUCCUGAUACCAGAGAGGCUGCUCACACUGGGACACAUGCUGGGAAAAGGAGAGUUUGGCUCGGUGCGUGAGGCGUUCCUGAAGGCGGAGGAUGCAUCCGUCCAGAAAGUUGCCGUCAAAGUGCUGAAAACUGACAUCACUUCCUCCAGCGACAUCGAGCAGUGUCUGAAGGAGGCGGCCUACAUGAAGGACUUCCACCAUCCCAACGUCAUCCAGCUCAUCGGAGUGAGCCUCCACCGGCGUGCGGGCCUGCGGCUGCCGGUCCCCAUGGUGAUUCUCCCGUUCAUGAAGCACGGUGAUCUGCACACCUUCCUGCUGCUGUCGCGCCUCGGGGAACAGCCGUUUGACUUGUCCCUGCAGACUCUUCUGCAGUUCAUGUUGGACAUCUCUCGGGGGAUGGAGUACCUGAGCUGCCGGAGCAUCAUCCACAGAGACCUCGCCGCCCGAAACUGCAUGCUGAAUGAGAACAUGACGGUGUGUGUAGCAGACUUUGGCCUCUCUAAGAAGAUCUACAGCGGAGAUUACUACCGUCAGGGAUCAGUCUCCAAACUGCCGGUCAAGUGGAUCGCUCUGGAGAGUCUCGCAGACAACGUUUACACCACGCAGAGUGAUGUGUGGGCGUUUGGUGUGACCAUGUGGGAGAUCAUGACCCGGGGUCAGACCCCGUACCCCGGUGUGGAGAACUCUGAGAUCUACGAGUUUCUGAUCAAAGGAGAACGCCUGAAGAAACCACCGGACUGCAGAGACGACAUCUACGAGCUGAUGCACAGCUGCUGGAGUCCCGUCCCUAAAUGUCGUCCCAGUUUCCAGGACGUGGUCGUCCAGCUGGAGGCGCUGCUGCUGAGCCUGUCCCCCGCCGCGGCGGCCCGAGAGGCGCUGCUCUACGUGAACCUGGAGGGCGAGCCGGGGGGGGCGGCCGAGGCCCAGGAGGACGAGCCGAGCUGGGCCGUCCCGUGGCAGCGGCGCGCCGAGGACGAGGAGAGAGAGACGGACUGGCUGAUGGUCGGCUCCGCGGCGGCGCUCGCCAUCGGGGGAGACUACAGGUACAUCAUCGGACCCUGUGGGGGAGGGGAGGGGGGGGACGCGCUGCAGGACGGACUCAGAGACGAAGAGGACGAUGUCGUCAUUAACGUCUGACCAAUCACAGCAGCGUACCCGGACCGGAGGCGGAUUCUCUCUGCUGGAGGUUAAAAGGUUUUAUUUUUUGAAAUUUUUAUUUCUAUCCAUAUUUUUAAUUUAAUACAUACUGUGUACAUAUA